AUGAAGUUCUUCAACGUCAUCAACGGCCAGCGCCGUGGGAGCGAUAACCACCACCAAUGUACAGAUCCCCGUACGGAGGAACAGCUAUGGGAUGCUCCUCUUGCCACGACGCAGGACCUUGAGGAAGCCGUCGAGGCGGCCCAAAAGGCCCUCAAGACUUGGUCCAAGACCCCGAUCGAAGAGAGAGCCAACUACUUGCGCAAGAUUGUCGAGAUUUAUACCACCCACAAGGAUGAGCUGAAAGAAAUCGUCAUGAGAGAAACAGGGAAAUCAAGUCUCAUGGCCGACAUUGAGAUUACAAAUACCUGCAAUCAAACCGCUUACUAUUCAAACGUUUACCUUGAAGAUGAAGUCACUUUCGAGGACAACAACAUCAGAAUCGUCGCCACUCACCAGCCACUGGGCAUCGUGGGGGCUAUAUGUCCUUGGAACUUCCCCCUCAUCCUAUCAAACAUCAAAGUGGCAUCUUCGCUCAUCACUGGCAACUGCAUCAUCGUCAAGCCCUCGCCUUUUACCCCGUACUCCGUCAUGAAGUCCAUCGAGCUCCUCAUCGACGUGUUUCCUCCUGGCGUCGUACAGGUGGUCAACGGCGGCGUCGAUCUCGGUAUCGCCAUGACCCUGCACCCAGGUAUCGCCAAGAUCAGCUUCACGGGGACAAUCGCCACGGGAAAGAGCGUCAUGGCGAGCUGCGCAAAGACCCUCAAGCGGUUGACCUUGGAACUCGCGGGCAACGACGCGGCAAUCGUCACUGACGACAUUGACAUUGCAAAGGUGGCAGGACAGGUCGCGACCGGUUGUUUCUUCAAUGCGGGUCAAAUGUGCGUCGCGACGAAGCGAGUCUACGUUCACGAUUCGGUAUAUGAAAAGUUCUUGGAGGCCUUCAAGAGCGCGGUUGCCGAGAAAUACGUCAUCACCAAAGACGCACACGCGCCCAGCUUAUUCGGUCCCGUCUCGAAUAAGAUGCAAUAUGACGUUGUCAAGGAUAUCUAUGACCAUUACAAGAAGAAUGGCUUCAAUAUGAUUGCUGCGGAGCAUCCCCAGGACUCCAAGGGCUUCUGGAUACCCCCAACCAUCGUUACAAAGCCUCCUGAUGACUCUAUCUUGGUCAAGGAGGAACAAUUCGGACCGAUAGUACCCAUCCUGUCCUGGUCAGAGGAGGACGAGCUGUUCCAACGGGUCAACCUGAGCAACGCCGGCCUCGGGGCAUCAGUCUACUGCCGUGACGUAGGCAGGGCCGAGAGCCUCGCCCGGAAGGUAGAGGCGGGGACAGUCGCCAUUAACGUCUCCGAGAUACCGCACCACGGGGGUUACUUCUCCGGCAUGAAGGACAGCGGCCACGGGGGCGAGAUGGGGAAACACGGCCUUCAUUCGUACUGCUACACGCAAAGUCUGCAGUUUGGAAAGAGUUGAUGAGUCGGAGACCAGAGCAGACAUAAAAGAGCCAGAUGAUCCCAUUCAGUGUUACUUCCAGCGCAUUAGUCGGAAACUUGUACCGAUAGUCUAGCAUUGUCAAGACGUAGUACAUAUAAGUAAACCCCAUCACCAUCGCAUCUCUCAAGAAGCCUUCGCCCGAUCCUCAAGCUCGACAAAUUGCGCCGCCGUAUCCCCAAUGGUAUCCUCCAACGUCCUAUACUCCAUCCCAAGAACCUUCUCCGCUAACGACGCAUCAACCCCAAACAUACCCUCCGCCAGCGUCGCCUUGGCCGGGUCCCCCUUCGGUAUGCGCCCCUCCCAUUGCGGCAGCUUCUCCCGCAAGAUAUUUGCC